GGGAUGGAACUGCGACGCUGCUGUUGUUUUUCUUCUUCGUCACAUAUUCACAAGAGCCCGGACAACAGCAGCAGCAGCAGUAUCUUAUCCCUUUCUCGGACGGAAUGACACAUUAUUUAAUGCCAUGUUGUAAUUCUCCUAAUUAAAGAAACGGAAAACACGCUUUGACCACAUUGGACGGCGCUCGGGGAUUCUUUUUGGCAGUUCGCGUGACGAAACUGGACGGAACACGCGUCUGUGCAUUGUCGUUACUGCAUUCAGAUUACACUUAAAGUAACGCAUGCUUUUAUUAUUGCCGCCUUUUGGGAUUUCUUCUGCAUCUAAAAAGAAAGCGUGGAGCCAAAUACCACAGGGACUCACCUCAGACCAAAAAAAAUAGAAGAAAUGACCCUUGUCUUGUCCAUGAAUCCUUUCACGGAACCAGAGGGAGAACCUCCCCUCACAACAUAUCCACCUUUAUGGAAAACAGAGCGCUGCAGUAAGACAUGCCUGUCAAAUACCAACCCACCCGGCCACACUGAAUACCGGAUGAAACAAGAAGCUCCUUUUCGACAGCUUCCUGACAAUGUGUCAAUAUCAAGAAUUGCAUACUUCAAGAGGAAGUUUAUUGAUGAUGAUGAAGCGUCAUUAGGUUUCAGGACAUACUGCCAGAAUGUGGCACCAGUUUUGGAGGAGCGGGCCUACGUGCUGCGUCUCUCUCUGGAGAAGAUGAGGUUCAUUGACGACCCCGAGGCUUUCUUACGACGCUCCGUCCUUGUUAACAACCUCCUCCGACGUCUAAGAACUGACAUCUUGCUCCAGAGUACUGAAUGGUGCUUUUCUCCCAACCCAGUUUUUACCAGCACCUUACCUCCGACCUCAAACAACACGCAGCAGGCCCACAACAGGUCCACCUCCACACCGACGUGCUUCACGCACCCGGCAGGCCCACCCUUUCGUAAGCGGUUCAGAAUGGUCCGUUCAGGACAAGGAGGCCUCCGCAACGACUGCGCCCAGACAUGUUGCUGCAUCUACGCCGCGGCAGCAGCCGCAGGGCACUACCUUCACCUCCCAUUCUCAGUCUACGAUGCAGACCUGUCCACGCCUCACUUGUCUUCCAUCUAUCAAAUAGCUAGCCAUCGUAAAUUAGAACUGACCAUGAUAGAAGGGCACAAUGAUGAGGAUGUGGAGGAGGAAGAGGAGGAAGAAAUUGAUGACGAAGAGGAGGAAACGGUACCUUCUACUGAUUGGGAUAGAAAUACAUCCGGGCAGAAAAAUAAGAUGAGGACCACGCAGGGUCACGCUCACACAAGGACAGAGGAAGAGAGGUGCGUGACUACUGGUGUGCAAGAGCAGGACGAGGACAGCGAGCAAGAAGACGAAGCUAACAGCAUCCGACCUCGCAAACGGGACUCUGUUGUUGACACAGAUCUUCAAAAGUUUCACUGUUGGCACCGUAGAGGUCACAGACAAGGACAAUUUGCUUCCUCUACAGGUGCUGUAGAGUAGAAAUGCAGACAAAAACAAUGAACCUUUCCUGUAAAUCUAAUCCAACUGAAUUCUAAUGCGAAAAGAAGGUAACGGAACAACCACAAAACAUUGUGUUGUAAUGUUUUAUACUAAGGGAUCAAAUCAAGUGUUGCACUGUCUCACAAGAGCCGUAUCACAACAGUAUUAAAUACGGGCUUGCAUUGGUGCAAUGGUCUUAUUUAAGGACCCUAAACAAUAGUGUCUGUAUACAAUUGAGUUCAGAAUUAAAGAUUCCAAUUUCAUUUCAAAAUUUGGCUUUAAACUAAAUUUGAUUACAUAAACUUACACACAUGCUGAAAAGUGUCCCAUUUGUCGAUGAAAGAAAACCCAGUGUUCACAGAAGUAGUUUAAACAAAAAUAGAAGUUUAAUAUAAAUUAGGGACGUCCCAAUUUGCAUAUGUCCGAGUCACCUCAUAUGGAGGAUCUGCCGAUACCGUAUCCCAUUCUGAUACCUCUAAAAUGUAUUAAGGAGGGAAAAAAACGCACAUCCAAAUGUCUAUUUUCCCUAAUUUGUAAAAUUAGUAAAUUUAAUUAAUGUAAAAGGUUUAUUUAGUGCCGCAGUGGUUUCAACAACAACAAAAAUGACUAAUUUCCAAAUCCCACAAUCAAGAGUAUUUUGCAAAUCAGUUGUUCAGCACAAAAUAAGUUUGCAAACAAAUUAUGUUAAAUAAAACAAAUAUAAAUAAUAAAUCAUGAAUAAAUAUUUUGUUUCACAUGAAUACCCUUAUAUUUCAAUGUGUCUUGCUAAGCGAUUGGUUACGUUAACUGUUACGACAAAAAACAAAACAAACAAAAAAACGUAGUUUUACCGCAUAUCACCAACUCGGACGCGUGUGGCUACACUGCUGGCCAAAAGCCACCCCUGCAAUUCGCUCAGAUAAUGCUCAAUUCCUCCCAGAAAAAUGACUGCAAUUACGAAUGCUUUGGUAGUAAUAUCUCUUACAAAAGAGAAUGGGAAAAAAUUAAAUCAUCAUUUUACACAAAACUCCAAAAAUGGGCCAGACAAAAGUAUUGUCACCCUAUGAAAAAUCAUGUGAUGCUUCUCUAAUUUGUGUCAUUACAGCACCUGUUACUUACCUGUGGCACGUACAUAACAGAUGAUGGCAAUUAUGAAAUCACAUUUGCAGCCAGUUAAAAUGGAUUCAAGUUGACUCAACUUCUGUCCUGUGUCGUUGCGUGUACCAAAUAUAGCAUGGAGAAAAGAAAGAAGACCAGAGAACUGUCCGAGGACUUGAAAAACAAAAUUGUGAGGAAGCAUGGGCAAUCUCAAGGCUACAAGUCCAUCUCCAAAGGCCUGAAUGUUCCUGUGUCUACCAUGCACAGUGUCAUCAAUAAGUGUAAAGCCCAUGGCACUGUGGCUAACCUCUCUAGAUGUGGAUGGUGGAUAAAGAACCUUGACUAACAUCCAAACAAGUUCAAGCUGGCCUGCAGUCCCAGGGUACAACAGUGUCAACCGGUACUGUCCGUCGGCGUCUGAAUGAAAAGGGACUCUAUGGUAGGAUACCCAAGAAGACCCCACUUCUGACCCAAAGACAUAAAAAAGCCAGGCGGGAUUUUGCCAAAAACUUAUAUGAGAAAGCAUAAAAACGUUUUGGAAGAAUGUUCUCUGGUCAGAUGAGACAAAAGUAGAGUUUUUUGGGAAAAGGCAUCAACAUAGAGUUUAUAGGGGAAAAAAACAAAGCCUUCAAAGAAAGAACAUGGUCCCCUCAGUCAAAUAUGGCAGAAGUUCCCUGAUGUUUUGGGGUUGCUUUGCUACUCCUGGCACUAGACUGCUUAACCGUGUGCAUGGCAUUAUGAAGUCUGAAGACUUCCAACAAAUUUUGCAGCAUAAUGUAGGGCCCAUUCUAAGAAAGGGGUCUCCCUCAGAGGUCAUGGAUCUUUCAGCAGGACAAUGACCCACACUUGAAAAAGCACUAGAAAAUGGUUUGAGAGAAAGCACUGGAGACUUCUAAAGUGGCCAGCAAUGAGUCCAGACCUGACUCCCAUAGAAUACCUGUGGAAAGAUCUAGAAAUGGCAGUUUGUAGAGGGCACCCUUCAAAUCUCAGACCUGGAGCAGUUGGCCAAAGAAGAAUGGUCUAAAAUUCCAGCAGAGCAUUGUAAAAAACUCAUUGCUGGACAAGGAAGCGGUUGUUCGCAGUUAUUUCAUCUAAAGGUUGUUCUACUUGUAUUGAACCGUUUCGGUACGUGGUGCUCGGUUCGGAACGGAGGCGUACCGAACGAGUUUCUGACGUAAUGUAACCCUUACUUUUCGAGACUGUGAGUCAAUCGGGGUACAGUUUCUUUGUGUCGUCUCUACUAUAAUGAGGACCAACACGGUAGGACAAUAUAACCCAGAAACGUCAACGGUGCGACAACGUGGCCGCCACGAGAACGCAGUGAAACGCCGGCGUUAAAGUCAAUCAGCCGAUGCACACCAGUCGCAGUGCGGCCGCGUGUUAGACGCAUCCCAGAAGCGGCUCAACACGACGCACGCGAAAAGAACGGCAGAGUUUAUUAAUUGAAGCGAGACGCGACCCUCCUGUGUCAAUACUGCUACCAGUAGCUAGGAUCGGGCAGACCGGAAGUUACUCGUGUAAAAAUACGGUGGAUCCGGUCGAUUUUCAAACUAAUAUGAAAUCGUAACCCACUUUUUGAGGCCAUCAGAUCUUUUGAGUGGUAGAUCGGGGCACAGUUGACUUGUCUUUGUUGCUUUACUGCUGUCUUCUCUGCUAUAAUAAUAACCAACACGGCCCCGUGUUCAAUACAAAACCCUCCUACCACAACAAAACAAGUAGGAACUAAUAUUCACAUAGGAACUAAAGUUAUACAACAUAAAAUAUACAAUAUAAAUGAAUACUACAUCACAUUUGUAAAAUAUAAACACAUAAUAAAAUAAAUAAUAGCCCAUUUAAAUAAAUUGAAAUGAGCUAAAACACCUGUAAUUAAAUAAUAGAAAUAUUACGCAGAUCCUGGUUACACAAAUUUAUUAAUUUCUGUGUGGCGCUUUAACUUGAGAAAAUUCACCAAUAAAGCUUUUGAAAACCAUUCAUAAGGGGGGGGGGAAAUGAUUCGUUGAGGCAUUUCAUUUGUAAAAUACAUGUUAAAAUCUUUGUCAUUGGGAUUGCUUUUCUCUUUAGUACAGGACUUCUUUUUUGUUCUGUCUUUCAGAAAGAAAGCUGACCAAUACGCAGGGUCUGAAAGGCAAAUUGUUGUUGGAUUAUCUUUAAAUACCCGCUACUUUUUGAGCAGAAUUCUAGCUUUGUAUAGGCUAAUAAUGUUCCUGCUGUUGAAAGCACAAAGGUGUGUAAUAAACAACUAGCCCAUUUAUAUGUUGCAUUUUGUUUUCUAACUGUACCGAAAAUGAACCGAACCGUGACCUCAAAACCGAGGUACGUACCGAACCGAGAUUUUUGUGUACCGUUACACCCUUAGCUACCAAGUAUUAGACUGAGGGUACCAAUACUUUUGUCCGGCCCAUUUUUUGAGUUUUGUGUAAAAUGAUAAUGAUUUGAUUUGUUUUUUCAUUCUCUUUUGUGUUUAUCAUUACAAGCAAAAUAAAUGAAGAUAUUACUACUAAAGCAUUUGUAAUUCCAAUCAUUUUCUGGGAGAAAUUCAGCAUUGUCUGACAUGAUUGCAGGGGUGGCAAUACUUUUGGCCAGCAGUGUACAAGCCAUAAAAACAACCAAAUUUAACAAGUAAAUGAUAAAGAAUGCAAGAAUCUCCAGUGACCACUUCAUACCCGGUAAGCCUUACCUAAAAAAAAAAUCAGCUAACAAAGGCAUUGUUAAAUUCCUCAACAUGGUUAAAAACUGAAUUUCCUGCCAUUUACACUCAUCAUUUUCAACUCACCUGGAUUCAAUGCAUAUUGAUCUAACAUUCAGUCAUUUGGUGAUGUAUUUGAUUGCUUCAGAACAUGCAAGUGGCUGCACAAUAUAUACUAGGCCAGGGGUCCCCAAUGGUCCACAGGCCACUUGAUACCAGGCCGCAAGUGAAAGAAAUAAUGAUUUCCAUUUUAAACCCGACGCAUACGAGGCAACAUCUACUCUCAAAUAUGGAACGAUCACUGCGAGCCCUCCCAGUAAAAAUGGAUUAGACGCCUAUCGUCGUCAAUGACAGCCAAUCAGUUAAUAUUUACAAGCAAAUAGAUACAUUUUAACAGCACAAUCUUUUUUCCCCGUCUUUGACCCUCUGAAAAUGGCGUAAUUGGGCCCGAUUACCAAUCACGUGAUCGGAUCAGGGACAUCCCUAAUAAGAUUGUAAGGCAAAAUAGAAUUUGCAGUUACACUUUAUUUGAAUGCUUCUUAUGAUAGUGUCAUAACAGAGACCUCUCAUUAAAAAGAAUGAAUGCUGAUGUCAUUAAAUGUCACUCAGUUAAUUAUGUUGCUUUUGAUGCAAAAUUGACAGUUUCAAAUGUCUUCAGGUAGGGGUUUGGUGUGUGCAACUGUGGAAGAAACUUUUUUAGGAUUAGGACAUUUAAUGUGUGACACUUGUGAAACUUUUAAUUAGUGGACACUUCUUGGCCUGUUCCAUUAGUUUGUUUAUUAAAAUAAUUCACUCCAACCAAAGUUAAAAAAAUGUCUAAUGUUAUUUCUAUGACCACUGUUUGUCCUUUCAUUAAGAGCCCAAAGCUCAAACCCAUGAGCACGCGUGUAAUUGUGUAUGUAUUCUGUUUUGUUUUGUGUUUUAACCUGCAAAGACAUGUAGUGUCUUCAACAAUCAUAAGUAUUGGCAAUGAAUAAAAGCAAAUGUGAGUGCCUUAGAGUUUUUACAGUUCAUGUACAGUAUUUUGUGUAUUCAUUUAAUUGCUCCAUGAAGACACAUUUGUUGAAUGCUGUGACUUUUUGUCAAAUGUGGGUAAAAUAUUUACUAAAUAUGCUAUUAAAAUAAAAUACUUUUUAUAUUUAGAAUGCAUGUAGUGGAUAGCUGAGCACUGACAAUAUACAAGACUGAGCCAGCCUUGAUGAAAACACUUGUUACGGUUUGUUUGUAUCCAUUCUGUACUGAUGUUUUACCUGUAUUAUUUUUUGGUCCACCCCAAAACUUUAACCCAAAAUACAGCAUUGGCAUCUCAUAAAGAACAGUCUGUCUUAGCUUUGGCUUCCCAUGCAUUAUUGUGAUUCACAAUUUUAUACAUUAGCAACGCAAUGGAUCAAUUGUAAAUUCACCUUGUAAUCAAUUGACAAAGAUUUGACUGGCAUUGGAAAAGUUAGCUUAUGGUACAUCUAUCAACCACACAAAUAGAUGUAGUGAGUCCUAUAAUUUUCUCUAGGAAUCAAUUUGAGAUUUU